CUGUUAAUUUUCUUUCAACACGCUUUGAAUCUGUGCCUAAAACCCUCUAUCUCUCUCUCUCUCUCUCUCCUGUGUCUGAGCUUUUGAGUUUUGCCGUUGAAGAUAGAGAGAGCGCAAAACCUAAGAAUGGCGAGCAGUUCACUGGAAGAUGUGCCCUCCGUUGAUCUCAUGUCGGAGCUCCUCCGCCGCAUGAAGUGCUCUACCAAACCCGACAAGCGUCUCAUUCUAAUCGGUCCUCCUGGCUCAGGAAAAGGAACUCAAUCACCACUUAUUAAGGAUGAAUACUGCUUAUGCCACUUAGCUACUGGUGAUAUGUUAAGGGCUGCUGUUUCUGCCAAAACUCCACUUGGAAUCAAGGCCAAGGAGGCUAUGGACAAGGGAGAACUUGUCUCUGAUGACUUGGUUGUGGGGAUCAUAGAUGAAGCAAUGAAGAAACCUUCAUGCCAGAAAGGUUUCAUUCUUGAUGGAUUUCCAAGGACUGUAACCCAAGCACAGAAGCUUGAUGAGAUGCUUGAGAAGCAGGGAGCUAAGGUUGACAAGGUGCUCAAUUUUGCGAUUGAUGACUCAAUUUUAGAGGAGAGGAUUACUGGUCGCUGGAUCCACCCUUCUAGUGGUAGAACUUACCACACUAAAUUUGCACCUCCAAAGACAUCUGGAGUUGAUGAUGUAACUGGAGAACCUUUGGUUCAACGUAAGGAUGAUACUGCAGCUGUUCUCAAAUCUAGGUUGGAGGCAUUUCACAAGCAAACCGAACCGGUCAUUGAUUAUUAUGGGAAGAAGGGCAUUGUUGCUAAUCUUCCUGCAGAGAAACCUCCGAAAGAUGUUACAACUGAGGUUCAGAAAGUGCUCUCCUCGUGAGGCUGGGCCAAUUCGACUUGCUAAGGAUUUUUUUUCCCUUUCACAUGAGACAUUCAUGGAUUUUUGUUUAAAAUUAUAUUUAUCAGACACUUGAAAACACACUGAUCCUUUAGUUUUUCUUCGAUUUUGGCCCGUAGGGUGGAUGUCCGCCCUCUGUUAUCGGGACUGAGGUUUGAUCUGAGCUCAAGUUGAAUAAAAGGUGCUAUACUUUUGACUCCAUGA